UAUUCAAUUCGACCACUUGUCUCAUUUUUCUUUUUAUUCUCACUUUCAGCAUUUUAACUGUGAUGGUCCAACUCUGCCAGGACACAGAUUCAUAAAAGUCAGCCUGCAUCCUAAGCACCACAUGGGAAGGAGCAGGACAAGCAGUGUCUCAUACUUUGUCUUUUUCUGCCUGGAACAGACAGCUCCAUAAUGGGGGCUGUGGAGGAUGGGGCAUCCCUGAGAGUUGCUCUUCUGUGGUUCUGGCUUGAGGUGUCUCUGUCCUCUUCCAGCUUCUCCCAGGCUGUGCCCACUCAAUGCUUCGGUUCCCCAGAAGUGGUGAUUCCCUUGAAAGUGGACAGCAGGAUCAGAGGCAUAAAGACUCCAGGAUGGCUUUCCUACAGCCUGCUAUUUGGGGGCCAGAGACACGUUGUUCGUAUGAGGGUCAAGAAGCUGUUGGUUUCCACACACCUUUCUGUACGUACCUACACAGAGCAGCAUGCUCUCUUGGAGGAUCACCCCUUCAUCCCUGAUGACUGUUACUAUCAUGGUUAUGUGGAAGGGGCCCUUGAGUCUCUGGUUGUUUUCAGUGCCUGUUUUGGGGGCUUACGGGGAAUGUUACAAAUAAAUGACCUCAUGUAUGAAAUUGAACCCAUCAGGCACUCUACUGCAUUUGAACAUCUGGUUUAUAAGUUAAACAAUAAUGAUACACAAUUCCUACCCAUGAAGUGUGGUUUAACAGAGGAGAAAACACACCAGCACUUGGAAUUUGAAGUGGGUGAGAACUUAGCUCCGAAAUACAAUUCUGCUCAUGAUUGGCGGACCCAUACAUGGUUUUUGGAGCUGGUUAUAGUAAUAGAUCAUGAUUUCUUCACUUACUCUCAAGGCAACUUGUCAAAAGUUCAAGAGGAUGUAUUUCUUGUUGUCAGUAUAGUGGAUUCCAUGUUCCGUCAGUUGAGUACUUAUGUGACUUUGAUUGGGAUUGAGAUUUGGAAUCAAGGAAACAUUUUCCAGAUGAUAAGCAUAGGACAGGUUUUGGGAGAUUUCUCUGAGUGGAAAAAAAUCAGUUUUUCCCAACUACAGCAUGAUGCUGCACACAUUUUCAUAAAAAAUCCACAUAUAAAUACACUUGGUCUGGCCUAUGUUGCAGGAAUAUGUCGCUCUCCUAUUGACUGUGGAGUUUGUAAUUUCCAGGGGGAUCCGUGGUCUCUCUUUGCUAACACUGUGGCCCAUGAGUUAGGUCAUAUUUUGGGUAUGCAGCAUGAUAAUGGGGAAUUCUGUUCAUGUGGGGGAGAAGGUUGCAUCAUGAGCACUUACAGAAUACCAGAAGCAGAGAGAUUCUCCAAUUGCAGCUAUAUUGAUUUUAUGAAAACCGUUUUAAACCAAGGAUCAUGUCUGCACAAUUCUCCAAGACCAGCAAAAGUCUUUCUGAUUAAGCGCUGUGGGAAUGGUGUAGUUGAAACAGAAGAGGAAUGUGACUGUGGAGAUAUACAGCAGUGUGAACAUGAUCCUUGUUGUUUGUUGAACUGUACCCUGAGUCCUGGAGCUGCUUGUGCUUUUGGGCUGUGUUGCAAAGACUGCAAAUUCAUGGGGCCAGGGGAACUGUGUAGACAACAGGUCAAUGAAUGUGACCUUCCAGAGUGGUGCAAUGGGACAUCCCACCAGUGUCCACAAGAUGCAUAUGUGCAGGAUGGGAUUCCCUGUAGUGAAAGUGCCUACUGCUAUCAAAAACAAUGUAAUAACCAUGACCAACAAUGCAGAGAGAUUUUUGGCCAAAGUGCAAAGAGUGCAUCUCAGAAUUGUUAUAGAGAAAUCAACUCUCAGGGAAACAGCUUUGGCCACUGUGGUAUAAACGGCACAGUAUAUCUGAAAUGUAAUAUGCCUGACAUCUUUUGUGGGAGAGUUCAGUGCGAAAGUGUGAAAAACAUGCCACAUCUCCAAGAUCAUUCUGUUUUGAAGAGCACUCCUGUCAUUGGUUUCACAUGUUGGAGUGUCGGCCAUCACUUAAGGGCGAGCAUACCUGACAUUGGCGAAGUGAAAGAUGGUACCACCUGUGGAGCAGGAAAGAUCUGCAUUCGCAAGAAGUGUGUUAGUCUGUCUGUCCUGUCACAAGACUGCCUUCCUGAGACUUGCAAUAUGAAAGGGACCUGCAAUAACAAACAUCACUGCCACUGUGCCUAUGGGUGGUCCCCGCCUGAUUGCCUGCACAGAGGCUAUGGAGGUAGCAUCGACAGUGGCCCAGCAUCUACAACUGAAAGAGUUUCUUGGAAACAAGUUGUGAUUCCUUUUUUGUCUGUUUUGAUUUGUCUCUCGACUGUUGGGCUUUAUAUAUAUCAUCGAAUACAUUCUGGUCCCAAGAAGACUGAGGCUCACGCAUCGGGUCAAGAAAACGCCUCUAAUUUAAAAUCCUAUGCGUGAUUUAGAUUUAGUUCCUGGGCAGUAGAAAUGUUAGCAUGUGCCCCCAAACUGAGCACAUCUGUGACAAUUUACAGAAAGAUAUAGGAAUCUUUCCUUCUGUAGGGAUCAGGAACUUUGUC